AUGAACCAAACUUCAGUUCCACGAAGGCGUUCAUGGCCGUCACUCCGUUCCCUCUCCUGCUCCAUCGUCCGCUGCAGAAGGAGCUCCUCCGCUUUCGGGGAGGUUUGUCGGAGGGCGACAGCUGAGUGUGCGGUUAUUUGCUGCUGUUUCCCUUUGGAGACAGCCAAGGUUUUAGUUUUAGCGAUUUACAAGAUCCCCGCAGGGAUAUGCAGCCGUGCUAUCAGUAAGGUGCAGCAGCGAAAGUUGAGGAAAAAGGGGUCGGUUGAGCCGUGCAACCGGAAGGGCGGUUGUGGUUGCGGAUGCGAUGAUGAUAGGGAUUUUCAGAUUCAGACUGUGGAGAGGGUGGAUAGCUCGGAAGAGAGUCAGAAAGCUGUCAAGGAACUGGAAAAAGAGAUGUUGAAAAAGUUUUACGGAAGUGGAUUUUGGAGAAGUCCUUCUAAUUGUCGAUGGAGAAGAUAA